AUGCCAGUGUCGUAUACGAAAGCAUAUGGCGUGAACAGCGCGUCGUGUAGCGGGGUAUCAUCGUGGUGUAUGGUCAAAGGCGAUGCCCUGAUACGGAACGAAGAACUCCUCCAGCGACACUUCGACGCACCAUUCGACAUGGUACAGACGAAGAAGCGGUUGAAGGUUCAGACAUACCUCCCUGCCAUGACGCGCAAAGGCAUGGCCCUCUCCGUCGCCAUGGUCACACACUACUCCGGCCACGGAACCUCCGUCAGCGUCAACCACGAGUGGAAGUUCUACACCACCAGCGUUGGCAAGGCAGUGGGCAGUUGCGGUGAGACUGACGGCAAGGAAAUCGUUGCGGAUACCGAUGAGACGCCUCGUCCUGGUUCCGAUAGCAAGGCGCCGUUCCCUGGCGGUGUCUUUAAGCUGGAUAUUGAGGGUGAGGCGUGCACGUACAAGUGCGAUGGGAAUAAUCCGGGGAGGUUGUUUAGCUCGCAGAGGGAGAUUGCUUGUCGCGAGGACUCGAAGAAGGAUAUGGGGGUUGGGGCGAUGAAGUGUGGGAGGGAUCAAUUCUUUGCUCCGAGCGUGUUUUGCGAUUUCUGA